AUGUUCUCUCAACAAAGAAUCGUUUCAUCUCUCAAGGCCGCACUAUUAUUCUCCGUCCUUUUCCCAGAAAAUUGCUCUGCGGAUCUUGGAACAGAGAUCGUCGAUCUAAGUCCCCGGAUUACCCCUGAAGUCACAUUCUAUAUCGACUCAAAAAUCGAUUUCAAUCAGCCAACCAAAAUCUAUAAAGACGAUGGUGAAUCUUUGUACAACGUGAUCCCUAUGCCAGGCACUCCGGGUGUAAUCACUCUGCAAGAGGAUCGAUCUUCUGAUACCAGCACCUCCAUACAGUUGAAUGACAUCAAAUGUGUAAGCGGUGCCCAAUGGCCCCCGUACUUCCUUGAGGCUUCUGCCAAAGGAUGGACCUUGCAGGAUGCUACUCAUCAACCUAAGGACUUUAUGAGCGUCUAUAAAGGAAAAUCUCAAGCUACUCUCCCUGGUGAGAUCCAGACCACCGGACUGUUACAAACCACCCUGGCCAAAAUUUCACUUCCUCAAUCGGGUCCGACAACCCUUCCCGAAGGCGAAUAUUAUACUGUGAACAUCAUUGCGGACCGUGGACAUGAUCCUUUUGUGAAAUGGGAAGACGCACUCGCUCUCACGCUUGAAUUGAUCCAGUAUAGCCGCAUGUGUGACCACACUCAGUAG